UUCCCGGACCAGGGGUCAAACCUCGGGCCCUCAGCAGUGAAAGCACCAAGUCUUAACCACUGGAUCGCCAGGGAAUUCCCUCCUUCCGUUUUUUUUUUUUUUUUUUUUGUUUUUUGUUUUUUCUUUUUUAAAGACCUCCUUCUGUUUUUACUUCACAUCAUAUCAUUACCAUUUUCCAAAUCUUUUUCUAUUGUCUUUAUAUACCUAAUUUUUAAGGGCUGCAGUUUUAAGGGCUGCAUUCCUUUGAGUUCAUGUCUUAUAAUUCACAUAACCAUUUCCCUAUUGCUUGAUAUUUACUCUGUUUUUAAUUUUAAAGUAUAGUUUCUUCAUCUUUCUAAAUUGAUAGUUACCCUUUUCCAUAAGACUGGGUUUUUGUGAUAUAUUUACAAAAUCCACUGAGAAUGAUUACAUUGAACCUGUUAUUUCCUAUAUUAAGUAAUUGGAACUUGAAGCAUUAUUACUCAGUCUACUGAUAGCAACUUUUAUCAGAAGGUUUAAGUGUGAGCAGGAACAGGUUGGGCAUAUUGACUAAAGCAUGGGAGGUUUCACUUCCGUCACACAUGGGAGUUUCCAGAAACAAGGGUUUCAUGUCAGACCACCAACCAUCAAGUUUCAAGUUUAUCUUUCCUUAAUCAUAGCACAAUAUGAAAAAAACCCCAAAAUGUUCUGCUUUAAAAAAUGUAUUAGUGACACAUGUAAAUCCCCAAACAUCAAUAAUUUGAAACAGUUUGAAUAUAAGUUUUAUAUUGCAAUUACUAGCUAUAUUGCACUCAUCUGUAAAGUAUCUGCAUCAGUUUUGGUUUGCAGAAUUCCCUGAGUAAAUUUGGGCAGAGAUUCAGAAGUGUGGCCAGCAGAUCCCUUCAGGCAGCUCUGAAGGAACUCUUCCCAUCUUCUUUGUCCUCCCAGAUUAGAGACUGCAGAAUGAAAAAUGGAUGAAUGUCAAAGUGGGAGACAUCAUUAAAUUAGAAAAUAACCAAUUUGUUGCUGCUGAUCUGCUUCUCCUAUCAAGUAGUGAGCCACAUGGCCUCUGUUAUAUUGAAACUGCUGAGCUUGAUGGGGAAACGAACCUUAAAGUGCGCCAUGCGUUAUCACUUACCUCAGAACUUGGAGCAGAUAUUAGCAGACUUGCAAAGUUUGAUGGGAUUGUUGUCUGUGAGGCGCCUAACAACAAACUAGAUAAAUUCACCGGAGUCCUCUCUUGGAAGGGCAGCAAGCACUCCCUCAACAAUGAGAAGAUAAUCCUGAGGGGCUGUGUCCUGAGAAAUACCAGCUGGUGUUUUGGAAUGGUUAUUUUUGCAGGUCCUGAUACUAAACUAAUGCAGAACAGUGGUAAGACAAAGUUUAAGAGGACAAGCAUUGAUAGAUUGAUGAAUACUCUAGUAUUAUGGAUUUUUGGGUUUCUGAUAUGCUUGGGAAUUAUUCUUGCAAUAGGAAAUUCAAUCUGGGAGAAUCAAGUUGGGGACAAAUUCAGAACUUUCCUCUUUUGGAAUGAAGGAAAGAAGAACUCUGUGUUCUCAGGAUUCUUAACAUUCUGGUCAUAUAUUAUUAUUCUCAACACAGUUGUACCAAUUUCUUUAUAUGUGAGUGUGGAAGUAAUUCGUCUGGGACACAGUUAUUUUAUAAACUGGGAUCGGAAGAUGUAUUACUCUGGGAAGGCAACACCUGCUCAAGCUCGGACGACCACGCUCAAUGAGGAACUAGGCCAGAUUGAAUAUGUCUUCUCUGACAAAACGGGUACCCUCACUGAAAACAUCAUGACUUUUAAAAAGUGUUCCAUUAAUGGGAGAAUCUACGGCGAAGUACAUGAUGUCCUGGGUCAGAAGACAGACAUGACUAAGAAAAAAGAGGCUGUGGGUUUCUCAGUCAACCCCCAAGCAGACAGAACAUUUCAAUUUUUUGACCACCAUCUGAUGGAAUCCAUUAAAAUGGGUGAUCCCAAAGUGCAUGAAUUCCUUAGGUUACUUGCACUCUGCCACACCGUAAUGUCAGAGGAAAAUAGUGCAGGAGAGCUGAUUUACCAAGUUCAAUCACCUGAUGAAGGGGCCCUAGUGACUGCUGCAAAAAAUUUGGGGUUCAUUUUUAAGUCUCGGACCCCAGAGACAAUAACAAUAGAAGAAUUGGGAACACUAGUUACUUAUCAAUUGCUUGCCUUUUUGGAUUUCAACAAUUUCAGAAAAAGGAUGUCUGUCAUAGUUCGAAACCCAGAAGGACAGAUAAAGCUUUAUUCCAAAGGAGCAGACACUAUUCUGUUUGAAAGACUUCAUCCAUCCAACGAAGACCUCCCGGCUUUGACGUCAGACCAUCUCAGUGAAUUUGCAGGAGAAGGCCUUCGAACCUUGGCCAUCGCAUACAGAGAUCUGGAUGACAAGUACUUCAAAGAGUGGCAUAAGAUGCUUGAAGAUGCAAAUGCUGCCAUAGAUGAGAGGGAUGAACGGAUAGCAGGGCUGUAUGAAGAAAUCGAAAGGGAUUUGAUGCUACUAGGUGCCACUGCUGUAGAAGAUAAGUUACAAGAGGGUGUUAUUGAAACGGUUACAAGCUUAUCACUAGCCAAUAUUAAGAUCUGGGUCCUAACAGGAGACAAACAAGAAACUGCCAUCAAUAUUGGCUAUGCCUGCAACAUGCUGACUGAUGACAUGAAUGAUGUGUUCAUCAUAGCAGGGAACACAGCCGUGGAGGUCAGAGAAGAACUCAGGAAAGCAAAGGAAAAUUUGUUUGGACAAAACAGAAGUUUUUCCAAUGGCCAUGUAGUUUUUGAAAAAAAGCAGCCGCUGGAGUUGGACUCAGUUGUAGAAGAAACCGUAACAGGGGAUUAUGCCUUAAUCAUAAAUGGCCACAGUUUGGCCCAUGCUCUAGAAAAUGAUGUCAAGAACGAUCUUCUAGAACUUGCCUGCAUGUGCAAGACUGUGGUUUGCUGCCGAGUCACCCCUCUCCAGAAAGCUCAAGUAGUAGAGCUGGUGAAGAAGCACAGAAAUGCUGUCACUUUGGCCAUAGGCGAUGGAGCCAAUGACGUCAGCAUGAUCAAAAGUGCUCACAUUGGCGUCGGCAUCAGCGGCCAGGAAGGACUGCAGGCAGUCCUAGCCAGCGACUACGCAUUUGCACAGUUUAGAUACCUCCAGAGGCUUCUCCUUGUUCAUGGAAGGUGGUCCUAUUUCCGAAUGUGCAAAUUCUUAUGCUAUUUCUUCUAUAAGAAUUUUGCAUUCACACUUGUGCAUUUCUGGUUUGGUUUCUUCUGUGGUUUCUCAGCCCAGACUGUCUAUGACCAGUGGUUCAUUACCCUUUAUAACAUUGUCUACACAUCACUGCCUGUUUUAGCCAUGGGGAUUUUUGACCAGGAUGUUAAUGACCAGAAUAGCAUGGAUUGUCCCCAGCUCUACAAACCUGGACAGCUGAAUCUACUUUUUAACAAGCAUAAAUUUUUCAUCUGCGUCACACAUGGAAUCUACACCUCACUAGUCCUUUUCUUCAUCCCGUAUGGGGCCUUUUACAACGUGGCCGGAGAAGACGGACAGCACAUUGCAGACUACCAAUCUUUUGCAGUGACCAUGGCCACGUCUUUGGUCAUUGUGGUCAGUGUGCAGAUAGCCUUGGAUACCAGUUACUGGACUAUCAUUAAUCAUGUCUUCAUCUGGGGCGGUAUUGCCACUUAUUUCUCCAUUUUAUUUACCAUGCACAGUAAUGGCCUCUUUGGCAUCUUCCCAAGCCAGUUUCCAUUUGUUGGAAAUGCACGACAUUCCUUGACCCAGAAGUGCAUCUGGCUUGUUAUUCUCUUAACGAUAGUGGCUUCAGUUAUGCCUGUGGUGGCAUUCAGAUUUUUGAAGGUGGAUUUAUUCCCAACCCUGAGUGAUCAGAUCCGCCAGUGGCAGAAGGCUCAAAAGAAGGCAAGACCCUUGCGUAGCCGAAAGCCUCAGACUCGGAGAUCAAGCUCGAGAAGAUCUGGAUAUGCUUUUGCUCACCAAGAGGGCUAUGGAGAGCUUAUCACAUCUGGAAAAAAUAUGCGAGCUAAAAAUCCACCCCCGACAUCAGGGUUGGAAAAGACACUGUAUAAUAGCACUAGCUGGAUUGAAAAUUUAUGUAAGAAAACCACAGACACAGUGAGCAGCUUUAGCCAGGAUAAAACAGUGAAACUGUGA